AGUUGUUCUGUUCAUCUUUUACUAUGAGCGAGGAGGAGAGCUUGCUUUUUGUUAAGUUUUAUCAGAGGCAGGCUCAUUAUUUUCCUGAUUGUGAGCGCUAUCAGUCACUUAAUAAAUCCUCGAUAUAUAAAGUUUUGUCGGAUGGCAUUCUUCUUAGUAAAAUAAUUAGCGCGACAUUCGAAGACCCUUUACUUGUAAAACUUAUAAAAAUUCCUGCUGACACUGAUGCAGAAAAAGAGCAUAACCUACUUCGAGUUGGUGAAGCUUUGGAGAAAAGGGGGAGAAUUGUAAAGUCUUAUUUCGUAGAUCCUCAUGGAUUUUUAUGGGAAGUGCUAAGAUGCAACUUACUAAAAAACGUCAGUCUAAGCGAAAAUUUGGCACUUAUUCGUUCACUGGAAAGAGGAGAGGAUUUGUAUGUUUUGAUAAAUUUGUCUCCCGAAGGCAUACUUCUGCGAUGGGUGAACUAUCACUUGAAACGGGCUCAGAAAGACGUAAUUUUGUCUUCCAUUGAAUCGGGAUUGAACGACGUGGAUGUUUUAAUAACAGUUAUUGAACAGUGUGUUCAAGAUUCCGAUCCUGCAAAGAUGAGCAAAGUUAAAGAUCUUAGUAAUACAGAUGAGAAAAUUCACUGCUUUCUGUCUGUUCUACGUGAACUUGGACUUGAAAACUACCUCACACAAAGAGCCAUAGAAGACAACUGCUAUCGCGUUAUAUUAGCAUUUUUGGCGGAAAUUUUUCACCAACAUCUGGGGAUGUAUCUCCCCUCCGAGGAGGAGAUGGACUCCAUCAAUGAGGAGCUUCUUGCUCUCGUUAAAAAGUUGGAAGCUUGCGAGUCUGUGUGCGAAAAUCUUUCCACUCGUAAGACCAUUAUAGAGACAGAGCUAGAACUUCUCCGACAAAAAUGUAGCGAUGCUGAAAUCCUUGCAAAUCAGACACUUGCAGAAUUGACCGAAAAAAAUGCCGAGUUUACUCGAAAAUCUGAAGAUUUUUCAGUCGAAUUCGACGCUUUAAAAAAACUGAUUUCUAAAAAAGUCAAGGAAAUAGAGGAAUGUAAUAAAAAUAUGGAAUCUCUAAGCCAGCAGCACGAAGAUUAUGUUUCGAAUAGUACAAAAAUUAUCGGGGAUCAACUGACGCGUAUUGAAGAACUCGAGUGCAGGAAAAAGGGACUAGAAGAGAAAAAGCAGAGCAUUUGGGAAGCUAUUGGAGGCGCCAGUCAAGAGUCUACUCAACUUGGAGAAACGCUCUCUUCUGUGACUCAGCAAAGCCACGAUCUGUCACGUACCAUCACCAACCAUGCAGAAAAAGCCGAGCAAAAGCUGAGCGAAUGGUCCCAGCUUCUGGACUUUUCAGUGACUACUCUUUCGAAAGCGAACGACAAGUUGACCCUAGACACGUGUCUUUCCGGACAUAAAGAACUGCUUGAGAGGUACAGGCUGAAGUUCUGCGAGGCGGAGGACACCUUCCAGCAGCAGAAACUUGAAUUUGGGAAGCGGCUAAAGACCCUGACCGUAACGGCCAACGAGGGCAUCGACGUGGAGGUGGAGAGUGCUGAACCGGACGCCGCCUUGGAGACUAUGAAGGGCCUGAUCAAUCUCCUUAUGGAGAAAAUCAGAAAACAGACGGAGCAAGUGGCCCUGUACGACCAUAGCAUCAAGAAAAUGGAUGAGCUCAAUGCCAUUGUCUCUGAAAAAAUAAGAGAUCUAGCGGAGUCCAACAAAAAAAAGACACCAAAAUCUAAGAAAUAAAAUAGUUGUGCGUCCUUUAAUAGCAUUUACUGUGC